ACCAGGCACUGCGGACAAGCUAGCUCCUCGUUUCCAUCACUGUUGCCGUCGCUUCUGUGUCUGCUCCAAAGUCUCCCAAAGUCUCCCAAAGUCUCCAAAAGUCGCCCCAAAAGUCUCCCAUCCAGCCCAUUUACCCUUCUGUUCUGCUUAGUCCACUACUAAAGCACGUCCUCCUCCUCGUUGGCAGCCAAAAUGGUCUCGUCGUCGAUCCUCCGGUCCAAGUUGGUCCAGAAGCCCUACCAGCUCUUCCACUACCACUUCCUCCUGGAAAAGGACCCCUACUCCACGGUGUCGGACCUCUCGUUCGACACGGAUCCCGCCACCUCCCUAGCCCAGUUCAAAAAUCACCACUGGACCUGGAAGGAGUCGUUGCACUACGGCUUCUUGGCGUCGGUGAUCUUCUUCGUCUACAUCAUCUUCCCAGCGUCGUUCCUCGUCAAAACAGCCAUCCUUGCUGCCUUCGUGCUGUGCUUCGUCAUCCCCCUCACCUCCCAGUUCUUCGUGCACGCGUUGCCCAUCUUUGCCUGGUUGGCGCUCUACUUCAGCUGUGGCAAGAUCCCCAACGAGUGGAAGCCGGCCAUUUCCGUCAAGGUGCUUCCUGCGUUGGAAACCAUCAUGUACGGUGAUAACUUGUCCAACGUGUUGGCCACCAUCAACACUUCCACCCUCGACCUUCUUGCAUGGAUUCCAUACGGGGUCAUCCACUUCAGUGCCCCCUUCAUCGUGGCGUUCUUCAUCUUCUUGUUUGCCCCCCCAACCUCGUUGAGAUCCUUUGGUUUCGCUUUCGGCUACAUGAACUUGUUGGGUGUCAUCACCCAAAUCCUUUUCCCAGCCGCUCCUCCUUGGUACAAGCUUUUGCAUGAAUUGGAACCUGCAAACUACUCCAUGAGUGGUUCUCCUGGUGGUUUGGGCAGAAUUGACAAGCUUUUUGGUGUCGACAUGUAUACCACUGCAUUUUCCAAUUCUCCCGUCAUUUUUGGUGCUUUCCCAUCCCUUCAUUCUGGAUGCUCUGUGAUGGAUGUAUUGUUCUUGUGCUGGCUUUUUCCAAAGUUCAGAAUCGUAUGGUGGGGUUAUGCUACUUGGCUCUGGUGGAGCACAAUGUACUUGACCCACCACUACUUUAUUGAUUUGAUUGGCGGGGCUGUGUUAUCUCUUGUUGUAUUCGAGUACACCAAGUACAACCACUUGCCAGUCGUCGACAGCAACAAGUUCUGCCGUUGGUCUUACUCCCAAAUCGUCAAGAUCGAUAUGCAGGCGGAAGACCCAUUGUCUACCACUGUUUACUCAUUUAAUGACAUUGAGAACCAAAACCAAUCUCACAGAUCAGCUUUCCCAACUUUUAUUUAUAAUCAACAGCCUCAACCAGAGGCUUACGAAUUGUCCAACGUGACGACAAGGUCAAGACAAUCGUCCAGAUCAUACGUGCCUACAAUCAACACUUCAGCUACUUCACUCGCUACUCCUUCGGUGGGUUACGCCAGAUCUUCCUCUUCAUUGAACUUACCUUUACAAGAAGUUGAUGAAGUGCCAACAGUUGUUGAAGAGGAAUCAGAGGAUACUUCAUCAUUGGAAAACAGCGCAACUCCAUCAGUUUUUGAUGAGGACCAUCAUUUAAUCAGUUCUACGACAUCCACUACAUCGUUGGACGAAUUGGAAUCACCUGUGCAUGAUGUUAGGAGUACUCUACUUUCUAAUGCAGCCAAACUCAAAGCCAGCAGCUACAAGUCCAAGUAGAUGCACCAGCAUCCCAUCCUCAUUAAAUGUACAUAUCUCUUCCUGAAGUGACGAACAGCCAUAGAUGCAUAUUCCC